AUGACGCGUGUACGCGGGAAUACGUGAGGACGCAGGCGGGUCUUAGAGAGAGUGCUGUUCCCUGCAUGCCUCCCUGGGUUUCCAAUCCUGCAACAGAGUUCUCCAUCUGUGCUCCUGAUAUCCAGUCAUGCAGCGGAGAUCAAGAGGGAUCAAUGUCGGGCUCCUUAUGCUUCUUUCUCAAGUGUUCCAUGUUGGGAUCAAUAAUGUUCCACCUGUUACUCUGGCAACCUUGGCUCUCAACGUCUGGUUCUUCCUGAAUCCCUUGAAGCCCCUGUACUAUUCCUGCAUCAGCGUAGAAAAGUGUUACCAGCAAAAAGACUGGCAGCGUUUACUGCUUUCUCCCCUGCACCAUGCAGACGACUGGCAUUUGUAUUUCAACAUGGUGUCCAUGCUCUGGAAAGGAAUAAAGCUGGAGAGACGGCUGGGGAGCCGAUGGUUUGCCUACAUUGUCACCACAUUCUCCCUACUUACGGGGGUGGUGUAUUUGGUCUUGCAGUUCACGCUUUCUGAAUUAAUGAAUCAGCCCGACUUCAGGAGGAACUGUGCAGUUGGUUUCUCAGGAGUUUUGUUUGCCUUGAAAGUUCUUAGCAAUCAUUACUGCCCUGGCGGCGUUGUCAACAUUUUGGGCUUUCCUGUCCCCAACAGAUUCGCUUGCUGGGCAGAGCUGGUGGCCAUUCACUUCUGCACCCCAGGGACUUCCUUCGCUGGGCAUCUGGCUGGCAUUCUUGUUGGACUGAUGUACACUCUGGGGCCUCUGAAGAAAAUCAUGGAGAAAUGUGCAGGCAUUUUUUCCUCCAGUGUUGAGUAUCCAGGGCAGCAGUUCUACUUUAAUAGUGCAGGCCCCUCUGGCUAUCAAAAUCACUACCCAGACGGCAGACCGAGAGCCAAUGAAAACACUCAUAGGAACUAUGAUGUCUACACAGCAGGACUGAGCGAGGAGGAGCAGCUGGAAAGAGCCUUAAGAGCCAGCCUCUGGGACCGAGGAAAUACCAGAAAUGGCCCAACACCCUACGGGUUCCGACUCACGCCAGAAGAAGAAAUGAGGAGACAGCGCCUUCACAGAUUUGAUAGCCAGUGACGUGGCACCAUGCCUGGGAAGACAUGGUCCAGCAGUGUGACUGUAGCCCGUUCACUUUACUCCCCAAGUCCCUAAUUGGUUUUAAACAAAAUCAGAGCACACAAUUAUCAUUGCAGAGCACUCGUGUCUGCCAUGAACUGUCACUGCAUAGCCCUUGUAUGUCCAGAUUCGCUUGCCCAGCUGACACAUCUGGAAACUAGGCUCGUCCCAGGAAGUGCACAGCUUUCCGAGUGGCCUGACUGGCAGCCCUGUGCUUUCUUCUAAACCAAAGGUCCCCUCUUUGGUUGGGACCAAUUUCCACACUCCCCUCCUUCCCAGCUGAUGAAGUGCCACAUCCACGGUGGGGUUGGAGACUGUGUGACCUUAAUUGGAAGCAUUUUAUCACCAGACCAGAGGAUCCACUCCUCUUUCCCUGAUAAGCUGGGUGCUCAGCUUGGCAAGAGGUGCAAGCCCCCCCCCUGGUCCUCCUGGCAUAUUUCCAUGAUGUAGCUGCCUUCCCAAGAUGCUCCAUCCUCUUUCUUGCAGGCCCCUCCGGGUGCUGUGUCUGCCUGGUGUUCACAACCACCACUUGGCUCUGCAUGUAGACUAUCUGACUAGAGGGGAAUUAGAAAAGAUCUAAGGUAGAGAAAACACCUGCUCACUCAUUAGAUACCAUGUGGCACUAGCAAUUUGGGUUCACAGCAACCCCUCCAGGAGCAGGAGACUUGUUUAACUACUCCGCAGAGCAGCGGCAGGUGCCACACACAGAGCAAAGCGGAAAUGCACGGUGGAUUUCUCACCGGGGAUCCCAUUUGCAGGAAGUAUUUCUUUCUUCAUAGAAGUGCCUUUUCAUUGGCCACUGUGGCUGCUGUAUGUCAUAAACAAGUGUCCAAAAAAAAAAAAAAAAAUGCCCCAGGGAACUGCAGUGUUUAAUACACAGAGUAUCCAAGUCACUUAAGGCAUUUCUGUUGCUUGUGUUCUGAGAAUAAAAGGACAAAGCCAGAAUAUG